AUGAGCAGUAUCGACGAAUUUCUUCUUGGUGAAGAACAACAACAACAACAAAGUACAUAUUCUGUUCGUUAUACCCAUGCUCUUUCAAUUGGUAUUGCAAAUAUGUCAGAGAUUGAUCUGGAUAAUAUAACGCAUAGAAAUCGAAACAACAAUGAAAAUUAUUUAAUAAAUGAUUUUAAGCCAAUAUCAUUAGCAUAUACAAUUAUUUUUGGUUUCGUUUGUGCUUUCCUCUGUUUUUUAACAAUUACUGGUAAUUUACUCGUACUCAUUACAUUUCGUCGUAUACGAACUGUGAGUACUAGCAAAAUUUCAUAUAGUAAAAGUCUUGUUCUUUGUAAAAUUUGGAUAUCAGUGGAUUUCACAGCAUCAACAGCAUCUAUAUUCAAUUUAUUAACAUUAAGUUUAGAUCGUUACUGGUCUAUAACAUCUCCACUUCAAUAUCUUGGUAAACGAACACGUACGCGAGCUUUAUUAUUAAUUGGCUUUGCUUGGGGUUUGUCACUUCUAUGGGUUAUACCAAUUUUUAGUUGGCAUCGUUUUAAUAAAACAAAACGAUAUAUUGAACCGGAUAAAUGUGAACCUGAAUAUACUCAUUCAAAGGUAUUUAAAGUUUCAACAGCUAUGAUCAAUUUUUAUUUACCACUUCUUGUAUUAAUAUUAUUAAAUGGUCGUAUUUAUUAUGAAAUAAAACGUCGUUAUAAAAAUGUUCUUUUACAAAGAAAUUCAAGUAGUAUGAAUGAAUUAAUGAUGAAUAAUAAUAAUAAUAAUAAUAAUAAUUUAUAUAGUCAUAAAGUAAAUUAUAAAAGACACAAUUCAUGCUCACCAAUAACUAUAACAUUAUGUGAUAUUGAUCGACAUGUAUAUUCUUCAACAAUAAAUUAUGCAGAAAAUGACGGUCAGAUCAUGUCAAAACUUUCAUCUAGAUCUUUAACAAAUAAUAAUGAAUCAGUUUUACGAAUUAAUUUUAAAGAGAAAAAAAAUCGACCUAGUACACCGAUACGAUUAGUUGAUCAUUCAAAAUCAUCAUUAAAACGUGCUUAUUCAUAUAUUGAUAAAAAUCAUUGUACACAAGAUGAAUUAACAUGGUUUGCACAUCAUCGUGGACAUUCACAUUCAUCAUUUACGCCGAUGUCACCAACAAUUUUACCAAAUUAUAAAUAUAAUCAUAAUCGUUUUCAUCAUCUUAAUAUUAAUGAACAUUCAUUUAACCAUAUAAAUAAUUAUAAUUCAAGUCGAACAGAUUUAAAUAAACAAAAAAUAAAACAUGAUUCAUCGAAAUCACCAUCAUGGUAUAAUCAUCAUUCCUAUCAAACAUCAUAUCAUAAUACAACAUUAUUACAUCGUCAUAAUUCAUUAUUAGAUUCAAUAAAUAUAUCUCCUCCAUCAACAACAAUGAAUAUUUUUAAUUUAUGUCAUUGUUGUUCAGCAACUACAUCAACGAUUACAAUACAUUCAAAUUCAUUUGUAAAUAAUCAUAAGAAUUCAAAUAAUGAAUCAUAUAAUCAAGCACGACCAAUAUUAUCAUCAUCAUCAUCAUCAUCUGUAGUUCGUUCAUCAAUAAAUCGAAAACAACAACAAUCACAAUCGAUACCAUCUUUGAAAAGAACAACAAAUAGUAUAACAUCACAUAUAAAUCCACAUGCAAUAUCUCAAUAUCAUCAUUAUCGAACAACAAGUAGUAUUAAACAAACAACAGUAUGGAAUCAACAAGAAAAAGCUUUUCGACAAUUAUUUGCUAUUGUGUUUGGUUUUACAUGUUGUUUUCUACCAUAUUUUAUUUUAUACAUGGUGGUUGCCUUUUGUGGUUCAUGUGUAUCUGAACGAGUUGUUACAGCUACUAUAUGGCUUGGUUAUGUUAACUCAACAAUAAAUCCAUUUUUAUAUGCAUUAUCAAAUAAACAUUUUCGAAGAACAUUUAAUCGAUUAUUAAAACGAGAUAAUCGACCACAAUCCUAUUAUAAUUAA